CUGAACGUUCCCGGAGGUAACACUAAUGUUCAGUCUACUCCUAUGAAGUCUACAGAUGCAGAGGACGGCAUCGGGGCCCGGCAGCGUCGCGCGACUCGCACCAUAGUGAUGCUCAUGUCCCUUUUCCUGCUUUGCUGGACUCCGUUCUUUGUCAUGUUGCCCGUUGAUUCUCUGUGCGAGUGCGUGUGGGAUUCGACGUGGCAAUGGUGCACUUGGUUGGGCUACACGAACUCUGCUCUCAAUCCCAUGGUGUACGCGGCCGCAUCGCCCAGUGUGCGCCAGGCGUUGCGAGCCUCUCUCGCUACCACCAGCUCUGCGCUAAAUACUGACAUACCAAUGACGCCUUGUGUGCGGAGGGCCUAA